AUGUUCGCCUCCAAAGCCGCGUCGUUCUUCACCCUUGUGGCCGUCGUAACGACGGCCACAGCCAGCGAGCACGGCUCCUUCAACAAUCGGGCCCACGACAUCUUUCUUCGUGCGGCGCCUUGUGCUGCGGGAAGCUACGCCAACUCUGCUGGGGUAUGCACUCCUUGCGAGCCCGGCAACUACUGUGCUACCGCUGGCGCGAGCAAGAAGCAAUGCAACAGCGGCACGUACCAACCAGCCUCUGGUCAGACCUCGUGUAUCCCCGCCACGAACGGUAGCUAUGUCCCCAACAAUGGAGCCACGUCUUCAACGCCAUGCGCUGCCGGAAGCUAUCAGCCCCGCGCUGGUCAGAACUUCUGUUAUGGUGCCCCGUCUGGUCGUUUUGCUAGCCAGCCUGGGAUGAGAGGCGUCUGCGGCGCGUGCUGUGGCUGGACGACUACCCAAACCAACUACAACACGGGCGUGGUCAAAUGCUCGGGUUCGACUCCGUUUUCUGGUCGUGCUUCUGGCUCGGGUUGUGUUUCGACGCGUCAAGGUUGUGACCCAGUUGCGACUUGCGCGCAGGCAGCGAAUGGAGCUUGCCCCGACCAAUCAUUCGAAUUCGUCGGGCCGGCCCCAACACCGUUGUCAAGAGUGAUCCAAGUCUUCAACACUAACACCAACGCUCCGUUGGGUUACGUUUCACAGACCCAAGGAACAUAUGCUGCCUACGGUCUUUUCGUGAUCGAUGCCGACCCAGCCAACGCCAUCCUCUUCGACAUUCAAUUAGACCCAUCUCUGCAGAGUGGAAGUCAGCUGAAUAUCAAGGCCACGACAACGACAUAUGCUGCCACUUAUCCGUUCAUGGGAGGUAUCGUUGGGGUGGCGUCUGACUCGAACGACUUUGCAUCUGGAAGCUCAAACUAUGCAUAUGUUCAAGGCACUUCUCAGACGUCUCCGAAUGCUCCCCCUCAAAGCGUCCCCAACUCCUUCCCAUCGCCCGCGAGCUCUGAAUCUGCCAUUUGGUCCUUUGAUCGCACAUCACUGGUCGUCCAACCGGUCUGGGUCAAUACCGAUGGAACCAAACCAACAACGUUCCUGAUGUACGUGGAUCAAACCACUUCCAUCGCGAUAACCGGAGACGUGCAAGCGUUUUCUGACCGCUUUGGUGGCGCUUCGGCAAUUUACUUCAAAUAUAUCCCUUAG